AUGGCAACACCCAUCAGUCAAACCGCUUUCCGUCCUAAAGGCCAGUCCACCUGUAGUGACCACAAAGGGAGGUGCUUGGAUCUUUACUGUGAGAAAUGUGAUCAACUCAUCUGCCUUACAUGUUUGUCAACAACUCACAGAAGUCACCCUGUUUGUGAACUCAGUGAAAUUACUCCUCAAAAGAAACAAGAAAUUACAAACUUUAUCAACAAAACAGAACAAAAUGACCUGGUACAAGUCAGGGAAUAUAUAACUUCUGCUGAUUCAUUACUCAAAGACAAUACCAGUCAUUUUGAGAAACUUUCACAGCAACUAAAAAAUCAAACAGAUCAACUAAAACAUGAACUCGAUCUAUUUACAGCACAGACACUCUCAGUUUAUAAACAGAUGGAAGAGGACAACACCAGGAUGAUACAGAAAUACAAACAAGAACUGGAGAUGUACGACAUACAGCUGAAACAACAACUACAGGAAUGUAAGGUGACUCUACAACAUGGUUCUCACCUGGACAUCUAUGACACAGAAAUACAUUCCUCAUUACAUCUCCCUGUCAAACCUGUCCUGGGUACGGUCAUCUUCACACCUAACACAAAUCCACAACAUCAUCUACAACAGGCCGUAGGGAUGAUUAUCACCUCAGGUCAAACAACUGACCAGGAUCGGUCAGUCUCAGUAUCACAUGACCAGGGACAAUCCUCUAAACAACAACAAACAGAAGUAAAAGGGAAGAAAGCAGUGAUAAGUAAAAAACUACUGUCAGAGACCAAAGUGGUGAAGGAGUGGGAGUCUCCAUGUUACAUUGGGUCUAUAUGUCCCACCACUGAUGGUCAGGUGUGGACCAGUGAUUACAGAGAUACAUUAACUCUCCUUAACAGGGAGGGUGAAGUAGUACAGGUCACACACACAGCUGUCAUCAAUGACAUCAGUCUAUCACCCACAACACACACACUGUGGGUCUGUGACAGACAAAACAACAUCAUGGAGCUGGUAUCAGGACGACUUACAAACAAAUUCAGAACCAAGGAGAGACCCCAGUGUAUAUGUGUUACAGCCAGUAACCAUAUCAUUGUGGGGAUGGAGAAACACAUCUGUAAAUUUACUACACAAGGUCAAAUGGUACUCACUACAAUGACUGUAGGGACUGGGAAACCAUUAGUGUAUACACCAUGCAGGAUGUCAGAGUGUCCAGUAACUCACAAUGUCACAGUGAUUGAUUUCAGCAGUAAAAGUGAGGGUGGUGAUGGAAACAGACGUGUUGUUGUCAUGGAUACUGACUUCCAGGAAGUGUUUGUAUAUAGAGGUGACAUCCCCAGUACAUAUAAACAAACACCACAAACAGGACGUGUAACAUUUGACCCCUGGGAUGUGGUGUAUGACAGUGUGUGGAACCUCAUCAUAGGGGAGAGUUACAACUGUAGUGUCCUACUCCUCAGUGGAGAUGGUGAGUUCCUCAGGAUCAUAUACACAGACAGAGAGUGGACAAGGGCUGUAGGUAUAGACAGGGAGGAUGUUCUGUGGGUAGGGUUUUGGGGUUACAAUGUAAAACUACUACAGUACAGUGUGUAACAGUACUACUACAGUACAGUGUGUGACAGUACUACUACAGUACAGUGUGUAACAGUACUACUACAGUACGGUGUGUGACAAUACUACUACAGUACAGUGUGUGACAGUACUACUACAGUACAGUGUGUGACAGUACUACUACAGUACAGUGUGUAACAGUACUACUACAGUACAGUGUGUGACAGUACUACUACAGUACAGUGUGUGACAGUACUACUACAGUACAGUGUGUGACAGUACUACUACAGUACAGUGUGUGACAGUACUACUACAGUACGGUGUGUGACAGUACUACUACAGUACGGUGUGUGACAGUACUACUACAGUACAGUGUGUGACAGUACUACUACAGUACGGUGUGUGACAGUACUACUACAGUA